AUGAUCAUUGAGAGAGGAAGUAAUACUACAUCGUUUAUCUAUUGUAAUCGGUCUUUUCCGGAAAAUGGAUUCUUUUUAUACAAAGAUGUCGAGUACUUAAUCCUAUAUGAAUUAUGUGAAUAAAAGACUUGUUUCAUUCUAUUCAAGCUCAUUAUCAAAAUUAUUAAUACCGUAAUUAAAAGGUUGUGUUGAGGAAGACACAAUAUAAAACCACGAAAUGAACGAUCAAAUUGAAGAAGAGAAGGAUUCUUUUUUGGAAAGAGGUAAAUACACUGGCAUAUCUAGUUCGACAGAAAAUGAAAGAAAACUCUGUAUACAGGAGUCUGAUCACGAGGAAGAACAUGCUUCGAGUUUAAAGAACAACACAAUUCACUGUCAAUUCGAGGAGAUCAACCCAGAAAUUUCAGGAUCAGAAAUAGAACAACCAGAAGUAAAGACGGUUCGAUGGCUGCAGGGAAACAUAGAAACACGAUACAUUAAAAAUCAAGGUUUCCAACACGUUGUCAAAUGUGAUUCAUUAAACAAAGCUGCCUCAACACUGAAACUUAGAAAUUCUGACCAACUUCUUGAUAUAAACGACGAAGAUGUUACAUUGAUGUCUCAUAAUGAAGUAUCGGAACUCGUAGACAAAAUACCUUCAAAUGGAAAUACAACGCUGAUCUACUGGAGACGCUCAUCGAAGUCUGUUACAGAUGUGAAGUUUUCUUUAUAUGAAGUUAAAGAAACUUUUGUGGUACAUUUACAUCAUCAUUCUAUGAGCCCGGAUUCGACUAAAAUUUUUAAGCGCACGGUUGUUUGGAAUAAACACGGAAUGCUGAAAUUUAUGCAGCCCUUGGGAAAACAGAGUAACAGAAUUGUUUUUAAAGAACUCGUAUCCAAGAUACCAAAUAAAAAGCCGUGUGAUUUUUUUAACAGUCAUUUUCUUGAGGAAAGAAUACUUGAAGAAAAGGGAACAUAUAGACGGCGCUAUUCAACAACUUCUCAAAACGGAGACAAAAAAUAUCUACACGUUACAGAUGCCGGCGACCUUAUCCUUGUGCAUAAAUCAGGCAAAUUAUCAAACUUCGCAUUCAAACUCCGGCAAGCUCAAUUAUCUGCAUUUUUUGUUUUGAAUGAGAUACCAACAAAUCGUUGUAUGAAACUGGAAGGAGACGAAGGUAAAUUUGUAUGUGUAAACUACAACCAAGAUAUUGACAGAAUUGGAGAUGACUUUAGAUUUGAUUUACAGAAGUGUAAUCACAAACGAACUCAUAUGUGUUGUAUGAUUACAUGAAGCUGUAUAUACACAUUAUGAUAUAUUACCGAUGUUAUUAAGUAUUGUCGUUAGUCGUGAAUAAUGUCAUAGUACCUAUUCCUGUUGGAACAAAUAUUCUGUACCACUUAUUCCGUUAGGAACAAAUAUUCUAUAUCAUUUAUUCCGUGAGGAACAAAUAUUCUAUACCAUUUAUUCCGUUCG